GAAAUUAUAAUUAUUCUAUACAAUUUUUAAAAAUUAAUUCUAAAUGUGUACUGUUUGAAGAGACGCCAUGGUAGUUUGAAUCGUGCGGUCGUUACAAACGAGUUCCUUUGUAAAACUUUCAUUUUCUACUUCUUUAAUAAAUAUCUAUAUAAAUGUAAAAACAGUUGUUUGUUUCAUAACUUUUCAUUUUAUAAGAAACAUAAUUUUUUCGUACAACAUCAAGUGCUAGAUAUACUCUCUAUUGUUUAACUACCUGUUGAAUUCAAAUUUUGAAACAGGUAGCUUGUUAGCCGUCCAAAAUGUAUAGCUGCAGCGAAAAGAUAAAUGUUGAUUAACAAUGUUGAAAAUAAUGGGAAAAUAUAAAAUAAUUACCUUUCUGUUUCUUCCCAUUCCGGUUUUAUUUGCAAUAGAUGGAAAUGCAGUAUUGAGGGAAUUGGGGGAGAAACAGUAUCAAAUGAUUAAAGCAAAAUCAUCUUUGUCUCAACAUGGAACAUGUUGGCAUAAUGCUAUUCAAAGAAUGAAAGUUAGCUGUAGCAAUUUGAAUGACCAAGAACAUUCAUUAAUGGCUCUGAAACUAGCAAACUGUUUCUUAGAAGAUUCUGGUCAUACAAAUUACAAUUGUCAUGACAUAAGUUCAGAAAAUCAACGCAGAACUUGCAUCAAUAAUAUGUCAGACAGAGCAUUUAAUGUAUAUAAUGAAUUCUAUAUACAUACUACACACAUGUGCUUUUAUCUGAAUUAUGAAGCUUGGCAAAUUGAGACUGAUAAUACCAUUAAAGAAUUAUAUCAAGUCUCUUCACGAAUGAAGGAGCAAUUAUUAGAAGCCUCAGAAAUGCAAGGUGCAAUGCUUGAAAGUCAGAAGCAGAGUCUCAAAAUGCAAAAUAAACUUUUAGACCAUGGUAAAGAGCUUGGCACCAUAUUGAAAUCUUCAUCUGAAAGUGUUAGUAAUAUGGCUAAGGACUUUAAAGAAACAGCAAAAGAUCAAAGAGAAUUAUUGUUUCAAAUCUUUUCUUAUAUACGUACUUUUCAAGAUUGGAUCAUGGGAGAAGUUUCUUGGUUUCAAUCUAUUAUGUAUUAUACAGUUAGUUGUAUCAUGUGUGCAUUGUUUAGUUCUUCUAAAAGAACCGUGGAUGCCAGAAUAACACUUUUUACGAUUCUGAGUUUAAAUGUUAUAAUAGAACGAAUGUUGGUUCAGUAUUAUAAUAAUGUUAUACCUCAUUCCAAUGAUAAGGAAACCUUGAUCAGCACAACAUGGAUAUAUAGGAAAGUAGCUCUCACACUUUGUGCUGUUACAUUAUUUUGUACAUAUUAUUAUUAUAAAGAUGAACAAGUAGAAAAUUAUAAAGCAUUACAACGAAUUGAACAUCAAUUGAAUACCAUAAAAGAAGUUGCUACUUGUGUCACUGAACAACCAAUUCGUUAUUCUACUAGAUUGAGAGUAAAACAAUUACAAGCACGAGCAAAGGAACAAGCUGAAAUAAAAACUUUUCCACAAUGAAAGUGAAAUGUAUUUUAUAUACAGUAUCAUACAAUAGCAAUUAAGAAUGAUGAUAAAUCUUUCAUAUCUAAUAAUUUAAAAAUAUUUCUAAAUAAAUU